GACGACUGUCAAAGUCAUAUGACAGAAAGGGAAACGCAAACCGCAGGCUCGCAGGAGUCUUCAAGCCUUGUGUACAGGUCCAUGUCCAUCAGGCUGUGCGAGAUGUUUUCUCUGCGCGUCUUCUUCUGUCUUCUGUCCGUGUCUGUGUAUGUCGCGAGCGGCGUGUAUGAUCCAGAUGAGGUGCUGGAUCUGCCGGGCAUGUCUUUCAAACCCAAUUACCGCCAGUGGUCUGGAUAUCUAAAGGCCAGUUCUGGCAAGUUUUUGCAUUAUUGGUUUGUGACGUCUCAGAGGGACCCGCUCAAGGAUCCGGUCGUGCUGUGGCUGAAUGGAGGGCCAGGCUGCAGCUCUUUGGAUGGGUUUCUAUCAGAAAAUGGCCCCUUUCAUGUCAAUGAUAAUGGAGCCACACUUUAUGAGAACGAAUUCAGCUGGAAUAAAAUCGCCAAUGUUCUUUAUCUUGAGUCUCCUGCUGGAGUGGGUUAUUCCUAUUCAGAUGACCAAAAAUAUCAAACAGAUGAUGAUGAGGUGGCAAAUAACAACUACCUAGCAUUGCAAAGUUUUUUCAUCAAGUUCCCAAAUUUCACCCAGAAUGAGUUUUUCAUUUUUGGUGAAAGUUAUGGAGGCAUCUACGCACCAACACUCAGUCUGAGAGUUGCCACUGGAGGUCAGCUGAAAGUGAACUUUAAGGGCUUUGCUGUGGGAAAUGGCAUUAGUAGCUUUGCACUUAAUGACCAAUCACUAGUCUACUUUGGCAACUAUCAUGGCCUGUUUGGAGAACAGCUGUGGAAGGAUCUUAAUGACAACUGCUGUCAUAAUGGAGUCUGUAAUUUCUACAACAAUUCUAAAGAGUCCUGCUCUCAUAUGGUAUCGCAUGCAUUUAAUAUAGUCUAUAACUCUGGGUUGAAUACAUAUGCGCUGUAUCUUGACUGUGCUGGUGGCGUCACAUCUCAGAGAGCCAUGAUGCAUCUUUUCAGAAACUUCAGGAAGCAUUGGGAAGCUAAUAAGACAGGAGGAAGUCCUCCAAAUGUUCAGGGAGUGCCUCCAUGCAUCAACAGUACUGCUCAGAUGAACUGGCUUAACCGAGGAGAUGUGAGGAAGGCGCUGCACAUUCCUGAUGUACUACCACCAUGGGACAUCUGCAGCGAUACUGUGGGAAGACAGUAUCACAUCAUUUACGAAACUGUGAAGGAUGUCUAUGAGAAGCUGCUGGCUUUGGGUCUGAGAGCUUUGGUCUAUAAUGGAGAUACCGAUAUGGCUUGUAACUUCCUUGGGGACCAGUGGUUUGUUGAGCAGCUUGGGCAGAAGGCGAGCACACAGUACCAACCCUGGAUUUAUGAUAAGCAGAUUGCUGGAUUCUACCAGCAAUUUGGCAACAUCACUUUCCUCACUGUCAAGGGUGCAGGUCACAUGGUUCCUCAGUGGGCUCCUGGUCCAUCUCUCCAGAUGCUACAGAGGUUCCUGUCCAAUAAGCCUUAUUGAACUUCCUCCAGUCUUAAAUCACCAAAUCUACAUUUUUUUGUCUAGAAUGGAUUUGUGGAGUGUGAUUUUUAGAGAAACUGUUGAAAUAUGGACAUGAAGUUGCAAAUGAAUUUUCUCAGGGACUUUUGUGUGUUAGCAUUUGUUUGUUUGUUUUUAUGCUUUUUAUUGUGUUCAUUGUUUGAAUCUUUUUUUAAAUCAUUUUUUUAACACUAUGAGUUGUUUUCAUAGUCAUGUUGAUUAUAACAAAACCACAUAAUCCCAUGCACUUUUUAAAACAGUAUUAGUGGAUAUCACAUGGUUUUGAAAUACUUGUGUCAGUAAAUCAUGGGUUACUGUUAUAAAAUCUGUUAAUUGAAAAAGAGGUGAGAUUUAUUAUUAUUAUUUCAUAUAAGUACUGAGGACAAAUAUUUAUAUUCUUCAUUUUCUUCGUACCCUAUCUAUGGUUAUAAAUGGUUUACAAUCCUAUCUGAUUGUCAAAUCUUUUAUUAAGGAUUAUAUGGAUGAGAAUGUAAGGUAUGUAGAGAUUCAACCCAAGAAAACUCAAACUUUAAAGUUAUUCAUAUGGAAUCAGUAGAAAACAAGAAAUAAAAGGCUGUUUUUAGAGUAAUUUGUCUGUCUACAUCUGCAUUCAGUAAACUUAUGAUUUGACCAACAGUAUGGCCACUGUUUAAACCACAAGUAUUGAAAUGAGAACCGAAAAUAAAUAGUUUUUAGUCAUUUCCCUGUUAUGUGUAAACCCUAGAUAAGGAUAUGGACAUACAUACAGUAACGUGUGGUGGGUUAUUAAUAAAGAGGAAACAGAUUAUAGAUAUAAAAGAUGAUGCGGGAGGACCCAAAAGAGAACAGUUCAAUGGCAGUAACAUGUUAUGAGUUUAAAUGUACAGUAGGUGGCGGUAUAAGGCACUUUGACGAGGUCGUGUCUACCAGAGGAAGAAGAAGAAAGCGUAAAGUCGUUCGUUCACUCGAGCCAACAGACACACGUGCAGGACAGGUGAAGGAAGAGGAUGAUUAUCAGGAGCUGGAAGAACACGUGCGUGUAAAAGAAGAGGAAUCGUGCCCAUCGAUGUUUUGCAUUGAAGAGAUUUAUGUUCAUUUAUUGAUGUUUUUACAGUAUUUCACGUGAAUUCAUACCCAGUACAUUCAAUUCUUAUGUCGUAAAAAUAUAUAUACUGUUUUAAAGCUGAGCUUUGUAGCAGCUUGCCAAGAUGUGAUUGUAUGAAAAUGGUUAAAAAA